CUCUCUCUCGAUCGAUACAAGAGAGAUGGAGAGAGAAGAAGGAGAAACAACAAUGAUCGGCGUUGCUCCGGCGAGAUCAGCGGCUCCGAUAUAUUCUCUGAGCUUUUGGGAGGUCACGGCAGCUUCCGGCGUCGUUUUAGGGUUUCUUUUGGGACUUGUUUGCGUUUAUCUCACAAUGCCUCAAUCUGAUUACAGUUUCCUCAAGUUACCUCGUAAUCUCGAAGAUCUUCAGAUUCUUAGAGAUAAUCUUGAGAUAUACACAAGUGAUUACACAGUUCAAGUUCUUGUUGGAUAUUGUCUGGUCUACGUUUUUAUGCAGACGUUUAUGAUUCCUGGAACUGUGUUCAUGUCUUUGCUUGCUGGUGCUCUCUUUGGAGUUGUCAAAGGAAUGGCUCUUGUUGUAUCCACUGCAACAGCUGGUGCUUCCUCUUGUUAUUUUCUCUCGAAGCUCAUCGGUAGACCUUUACUCUUCUCGCUUUGGCCCGACAAGCUUGUAUUCUUCCAAGAUCAGGUUGCGAGAAGAAAAGAUCGGUUGCUGAAUUAUAUGCUGUUCUUGAGACUAACACCAACAUUGCCUAACACUUUCAUUAAUGUUGCUUCUCCAAUUGUUGAUGUUCCUUACCAUAUCUUCUUCCUCGCUACAUUCAUCGGUCUGAUUCCUGCUGCAUUUGUCACUGUCCGGGCUGGGCUUGCUCUUGGAGAGCUAAAAUCAUUGGGAGAUCUCUAUGACUUCAGCUCCAUGGCGACUCUGUGUCUCAUCGGUGUGCUUUCUGUGACUCCAACCCUAAUUAGCAAGAAAAAAGCCUAGAGGAAGAAGAUCAAUGGAGACAUAAGAUAAAGCCUUCGCUGCAUACGAUGAUGAUGAUGAAAAUUAGAGCAUUUCAAAAACCUCUUUAUGUACAUAUCAUUUAGAAUGUUAAGAAGUUAAGACCAAUCAUAAAACCCUGUUCUCUACAUGUUUUUUACUCGAAAUGUUCUUGAAUACAUCUCAUCUCAAACG